AUGGCAGCAAAGAAGAACGCUCGCGACACCACCGCCGCGACUGCUGCCACCUCUCAGGCCAGCACCAGCACUACUGCACCCAUCCCUCUUGUAGCCGAGCAGAUUAAGCCCGUGGUUCCCAAGAAGAAUGAUGCCAGAGCCCAUGUACAAUGGGAUCAGGUUCCUCGAACUGUCUGGAACCACUACGUCAAAGAAACCCCCCAACGUAUCAAGCUGGUUGACAUGUUCCUGGUCUACCUCGUCAUCAUUGGUGCCAUCCAGUUCUUCAACUGUGCCAUCACUGGCACCUUUCCGUUCAACGCUUUCCUAUCGGGUUUCAGUGCGACGGUGACACAGUUCGUCUUGACAGUUGGUCUGCGACUCCAAACGAACGAAGCGGUCAAGUCCGAUUCUGUGGACAUUUCACCCGAGAGGUCGUUCGCCGAAUACGUCGCUGUCAGCUUGGUCGCGCAUUUCUUCGUUGUCAACUUUAUCAACUGA